AGCAGUGGAGGUGGGUCUGUCGUGGCUCGGGAGGAGGAGGAGCGUUCAGUUGAGGAUUAGAGCCGCUUCACCUUUGAGUGUGUGUGCCCAGGUCCAGGUUAAGUAGAUCGGUUACACAUUGGGACUUUAAUACCUCUGCGUGCUGUUAUGAAAAAGGAGAACUGUGGAGGUACAGGCACGAACAACUUGUUGUUUUUGUUCUUUUGCUCGGACGCAGCCUGCUCGGUGAGUGUUUGUGGUCAGACCUGCUGAUCGACGCCGCCGCUCCAAACCGCUUAGCGCUUUGCCCGUCCGACCGGAGGAUCCGUCCCACGGUAAGAAACGAAGAAACACAAGGAAAGACAACACUGGAUUUAAGUAGCAGCUGUACUUCAUCUUUUUAAUGAAACUGUUAAUAUAAAGUGGCAUGGUUGUGAUCACUGGACCAUGUGUGCGCGUUUGUUUUGCUCUCAGUGACAGUUGCUGGGUCUGUGAUUGACAUGUGCGGGUGGGUGGAAGGGCUGGGUAGCCUAUCAACAGGGCGUCGUUAAGGGAGGGAAAUACAGGUCUGCUGGGUUUACUGGGUGAUUCCCAGUAGAAACUAAAACUAAUCUGAAUCAAUCUGAAUCAUUGCAAAGUUAAAACAAAAGUGGAGCACUUAUCUGUUUCCACUUUGCCUUACUGUUGUGUUGUCUCACCAUAGAGACAAACUAGACCCACCCUUUGAUUCACAAUUUUGCAACCCCAGCCACUGCUUAAUAACAUGUUUUCCAGUGGAUCUGGUUUCAUAAUCCUGCAGUAACUUGCAGUGCUCACAGCACCAUUCCUUCAAAUAUAUUACAGCCUAUCCAUGUGUUGUUGUUGUUUUUGUUCUUGAUAGCUCCUGGCAGGGUUAUUCUACACCAAAGUGUGACUGUGUGAGCGAAUGAAUGAUGUAUCCAAUGUAAAGCGCUUUGAGGGUCUCUGAUAAAGCGCUAUAUGAAAUCUGAUGCAUUAUUAUUAUUAUUAUUACAGUCUCAUGCAGGUCCAUGUCUGGAGGUCAGACUACCUUCCUACCUUUCCCAGUUCACCCUCCGGCCUCCUGCUGAGUCUUAAUGAGCUUUGAACUCAGAUAUCCAUUGUUAGAGAGGCUGAAGCGUGCAGGUGGUGUUGUGUUACCUGCAAACCUCAUUAAUUUUUUAAGAAAAGCCAUCUAACCUGAGUGACAUUCCUGUACAGGUGUUCUCCUCCACCUGUGAAAUCAGUGCUGUUUGAAAUUCACCUGGUGAGAGCUGGGCUGUGGAGGAUAUUUGAUAAUGUCACAAGAUGUUUAUCAGUUGCUUUUUCUGUGUAGACAGGGGAGCGACUUCAUCCUUAAUCUGAUUUAUUACAAAGAUGCAGAGAGGUUACUCUUUACCUCUGUUUGUUUGGUUUUGUAGGUCAGCUGGAGUUUUUAGGAGUGUGUAUAUAAUUGUAAAUAACACUUUAAGGACUCCAGUUAAUUUCUAUAUGUACUUUUGCUGCAUUUAUCAAUUUCUUUAUAAAGAUUUAGACUGGUUUGACUAUCAAUGUGCAGGAAACUUUGAUGAAUAUGACAAGUCUUUUGUUGCCUCAUUUGAAUAAUAAAUGUUGUGAGAUAAUGAGCCCAAAAACCAAAACUCUUAUAUCAUGUGAGAUGUAAAGCCUCUUACAUUUGUAGCAUUGUGCAUUAAUGUCCUGCCUACACUCUUACAAACCCUCUGUUUCUAAGCUCAGACUUAAUCUUGCCUUGAAAAUAGACAUUUAUUGAAGGAAACUUCAGCAAGCUCUGUAUAUGGAGAGGGAUUUUAGAGUUGGCUCUAUUCUAGUCAUGUGACCAGUGCCGUUUUGUUCAUGGUCAAUUUCACAUUCCCCUGCCCUCCCAAAUCAACAACCAUGUGUUAUCACGUGACUGAAAUUCCACAACAAGGUCACAUGAUCUCAGCUUAACCCUUUUGCCCCUUUUUUGUCAGACUGUUGCUUCUUAAGCAUACAGUAAGUUUCCUCCGCAAAAACUUCCACGUUGAUAGCAGAUCUGUGACUGUCUUAAAACUGCCAUUCAUGUGUUUCCCCUUUAAGCCCACUUGUAAACCAUGAGUGACCCUUUUCUGAACUCUGACUUUAAGCUGGGUUGCUCUCAGUCACGAUAAGGAUGUAAAUAGACGAGGUUUCUUAGCAGAAUCACAAUAUUAAGGUAUUUGAAGAUUAUGUAACUGAGAAAGAAGCAACAUUACGUGAUUUCUAUAAUGGUUGGGAGAAGUUUUAGUAUUUUUAAAACAAAGCCUAAGUUAUUCAGGAUCAUGUUGCGAGGAAGUCUUUAAUGCAGCUAAAGAUCUAACUCAAAGUUGCAUGUCUUCGCCUUACUGUCACUCUUACUCUUAAGAAUGGAGCAACAAAAAUUGAAAGAUUUUUUACUAAGGGACUCCUCAACAUGGGAACUUUAUGGGAAUUGAGAGGAAUGUGUACUUGGCCAGAGGUACAUGAUUAUUUCAGAUUUUCACAUCUAAUACAAGUGGAAGUUAGCUUAACUUACAUUUUGGUCUAUGACACAGGAUCUGUGGGAGGCUCCACUGCAGUGUGCUGGACUUUAUUCUUGUCAUAGUGAUGUUAUCAGAUGUUUAGAUUCAGGUCACAAGUUUUUGAUUCAGAGCAGAUUUGACACACCAUGCCUACUGCUGCUUAUGGGACAACUUAAUGCAAAGUUAUCAGCGAGUGUUUUCAUAUCAUUUUGAAAAUUUAAGUCAUACGCAACAUAUAGUUAAUUACUGUUUGGUUAUGAUUACACCUAAAAUGUGAUACAAGAGCAUUAACUUUGAAUUUAGUCAGUGCAGUACAGUGAGGGUUGGCAGAAAUUGUGAUGUAGAUACUCAUAAUAUUAGGGUGUGUGUGUGUGUGUGUGUGUGUGUGUGUGUGUGUGUGUGUGUGUGUGUGUGUGUGUGUGUGUGUGUGUGUGUGUGUGUGUGUGUGUGUGUGUGUUCCCCAUUUCCUACCACAGACCCAGGCAGCUCAGCUUUGUCCCAUGUUUGGGAUUAGCCCCACAUUCUUGGCUUUCCCCACACCCAGGCCAGUAGCGGCUGACAUGAAAAAGCUAUGUUGCAAUCUUGCUAGCAGUAGCUAUUACUCAACUGUUGAGCUAAGAGUGAAGUUACAGCAUCCUUUUAUUUCACUUUUUUAUAUACUUUUUGUACAUUCAACACUGGUUAUGAGGUUACAUAAGAGAGCUGGCCCUUCUCAUGUCUGCACUUAAAGCAUUAAGCUACAGCAGGGAACUGAUUUGCCUACCUUAGCUUAGCUUAGCUUAGCUUAGACACAGGUUAGACAACAUGAGGAGAAGUGUUUGUUUACAGAUCAAAUAAAUUAAAAAUGUGGUCAUGAGGAACUUUACAAAGGCACUUGUGGGCAUUUGUUUAACAUUAUGUUUUGGUUAGCUGCUCUUUCAAGGCUCAUAUGUUAUGCUAGUUGAGGCUAACAGUGUUCUGGCUUAAGCUACAUAUAAGACACACAGACAUCAGAGUGAUCUUUUAGUCUGUUAGAGGCAUUUUUACAUCAGUACUUAUAGGACUUUCUUUGAAUGUGAUAAUUAAGGGUUUUGUUGAGAAUAAUUCAGUCUGGAGGUUUAUGAUAUUAUUUCUGGUAAUUUGAGAAUCUCUCUACAGCAAACUGUAAAUGAGUGUUUUAAAAAUAUCUCCUUAAAGCAUUGUGAAAAAGGAGAGGUUGUAACUGAGUUUUAGCCACUUCUGUAGUCUAAGAACGAACCAGUGUGAAGGUAAAUGAUGGUUUCAGAGCCUGAAGUUGUCUUAUGUCUUAGGAAAGCUGCUCACUGGUGUAAAGAACAACAUUAUUGUGCAAAUGCUGGUGUUGUUCUGUGUUUCUUACUUUUACUGAGUCAACACUCAAACAGAUUUUGCAUCUCAUUUGCCUUGAAAAUAAGUUGAAGAAAAAGUCAACAUAUUUAAGCAGUGUGCUACCAUGUAGAGCUAAAAUUGACCUUCCCUAUUCAUCAAAUGGGCUUAUUUUGAAGGGGUCACUAUGCUUCCAGGCAGUUAUGUUUAAGGAACAAAACCUUUGUGGUUUAAAUGGCAAAAUAAAAGAGAAAAUGCAUUUUCAAAAGCAGCUUCAAUUGUAAAGAUUAGUUGAACCACUAUGACUAAAGCAAAGGAAAGAGUUUACCUCAAAAAUUGAGAACAUUUAUUUCAGGGAUUGGAAAGUUACGUUAGCUAUAAAUGUCAACAUACUGACCUGAGAAAAUGUAUGCUGUUUUUUACAAUUAUGGAAAAACUCUACUUUCACCUUGAAAAUUCUUUUUUAUGCCAGAGUAAAUUGAGAUUAAAGUUUAGAGCUCCAGAUCCCAGUUUUUUAAAGUACUGAGGUAUAAGUUUUAAAAGAGUGAAAACAAAACUGAGUGAAAACAGGUUCACAGUUCUCCACACCCAAGCUAAUAUUUGACACAGAUGAGCCCCGCAGGUAUUUCGGUAUGCAAUAUACUCCCUUGAAAACAAACUCCAGACUUCGCACUCACAGUGCCACAGCUUUUGACGAGAACUCAGUUCAAAAAAAAAAAAGAAAAUCUCUUUAUCCAGUCUGCUGAUGAUUGAGAGCAGUACUGUAGCUUGAUGGCAUCUCUCUGAUACAUAUCACAGUCCCACUCUUUUCAUUCCUCAUGCAAACAUGACUUUUUCAUACUUUGUACGUGAUGCAAACGAGUCCCAGAGGAAGUAACAGGAGCAGAGAUAGGAUGUACCCACACUAAACACAUGCUUAUCUCUGACAGAAGCCCAUUGUGGCGAAGGAAAGGCUGAAGCCUCAUGCCAACAUGAAAGAAGAAAUGAUGUCACCAUCAGUCCACAUUGUGUGCAUACAAUGUGGUGAUUCAGCCUGUGAGGGGAAAAACACAGUAAAGAAUGUGUAGGUAGGCAGAUCUUGGACACUUGUGUCAAAAACAAACAUGACCAAAACAAACAUGGCAGCCUCCGUCUAGUAUAGUCAAAUAGUAACAAAAAUUAUACUAUUUUUGCCAACAUUUACACAUAAAUAAUCACAGAAUACCUUUAUUUUUUGGGGACCAGAUCCAGACAGUCUUAAAAAAAUCACUGAUCUACUUUAUGACAGAAAAGCCCCAGGAUUUCGCAGAAACACGGUUUAUCCUUUGAAAACUGCCAGCCCAAUGGAGUGGGUGGAUUGCACAAGAAAUCGCUAUGUCAUACUGAUUCAUUAUUAUCAAAUUCAUCAUUAUUAUUUUAUUAUGCUGCCUACAAUAGAAUGAAACCUAGAAGGUUUGAUGACUAAACCAUGAAUAAAACAUGAUACCAUCCUUUUUAGAUGUAUUGUCAGGAAAAAAAACGACCUUUAAUCCUAGUCAACAGGAUAGCUUGUCAAUUGGUUGUAAGAUGGUCUAAAUGUUAACCUAGAAGCGCUUUAAAGGUUUGCAUGACUGGAUAUAUAUAAACUAAACUAUGCUAGUGGAGUAUAUUCACUGUCUCCAUACCUAGCAGACUCUGUAAUCACCUCUGUAGCACCAAGUCCCAAAAGCUAACUACAUUCUGGUUUGCUCCAGGUCCCCCCUAGUGUAAUUCUGUCAAGGUUCACCUUGGUUAUAAUAAUUAGUUAAUUUAUGCAGUCCUUCUUUAUCAGAGGGUACAUCUUUUACUCGAGGCAGUGUAGAAAAAUCAAUACCUUCAUUCCUCAUGUACCAUGUUUGUACAUGUACUGACUCAUACAUACACGAGGAAGGAUGACAUCACCGUGACAAUAUCAGUAGGAAGCAAGUCGAAGGAUAAAAAACCUUUGUCAGUCUCUUAUCUCGGUAAAGUAGGCUGAUCUCUAUUUGAAAGGACUUGCAGAGUGUUAUGUUUGCCUGCAUUUAUGGUUCUAAACUUAACAAAGGGGCAUAAAGACUUGUAUCCUUUGGUUGGCCUGUUUAAGCCUGUUGCAUUUACAGUGCUGUUUUUUUUAAGCAGUAUAUUUAAUUUCCCUUCUGGCUAAACUAAGCACCUGCAUAUGUGUUUGAACAUGUUAAUAAAUCUCCUCUUUUGAUUGCCGAGGGAUAAUGUAGAAAGAACAGCCUGUUUCUGAAACCUGUUUGGAGGCGAGUGAGACAGCCAACACCCUGUGAGCCUUCAGACGUGCCUCUCCUGCACGUCUGGAUUUUCACAUGGAGCAUAGACCUGCUUACAUAAUCAAGGUCUUAUCUCAUAAGCUGAUUGAAGUCAUAACUCAGCACCUGUUGAACUCAGGUGGUGCUGGUCAGAAACAGCCUAUGGCAGCUUACUUAGGGACACUUCUUGAGAAGAAUCACAAUUUAUGUAUGACACAAUGGAGUUUCUUGGAGGCCACAGAAGGACCAGUGGUAGUAAAGACAGUAAAUAAAAAAAGAUGAAACCAAAACACUAAACUGAAAUAUGUUAAAAAUGCAGUGUUGAUAUUCCUUGACUGUAUCAACAUUUGAAUAACUUUCGAUUCAAAAAUGUUUAUCAAGUCUGGUUAAACUAAAUUCUUGUUUCUUAAGGACAAAGAUAUGAUAGCUGUGUAAUUUGUAUGCAUUCAUCUGUAAAACUGUUGUUUUAUUGUGUAUUUUUAAUCUUGAUCCGUCUCUCCUGAAGAUAACUCUCACUGCUCCUCUGACCUAAAGGAAUAAUAGUGAUAAGAAACUGAAUGGCCUGGUCCUCCCUGUGUUGCUGAUAGGUAAAGGGUGGUGACAACUGUAAUAAAUAGUAAGACAAUGCAUGCAGUCGCUCUUCAAUAGCUCCACCUUAAGCUUUAAAUAUUUCAUCAGCCGCUAUCACUUUAAUGGGGCAUUCUGACACAGUGUUGCCAUGGCUGCCACCAGGCUGCUGUGAAUCUCUCUUGUCUGAGUGCUACCUUUAGAUGAGGCCGGUCAAAGAGAAAUGUCACAUCUUUUGUUUCCUGCAGAUGUAAUCUUGAACUACAAAUGUUUCAACACCAUUUUUUCCCUUUGCUAGCAUGGACCUCAUGCAAAAAAAUUGACUCAAGUAUCGGCAAAGCGAGGAAACUCCUGAAUACUGGUGCAAAUUUUAUGGUAUAGUCGUUUUUUGUUCACAGCUGUACUGCUGCUUUGAGGAUAAGAUGGCUAUGGUUUUAUGGUUUGACUCAGUGCAUCAAGAGACAUCCAUACAAACCAUAAAAAAUACUGUGUACAUACAAGUUAAGCUAACAGUGGCUGCAGCUUAGCUCAAAACCCCACCUUAUGUUGAAGAAACCUGAAGUUGAACACAAACCUGCUUUGAUAAUUGUUUAAAUUUCACAAUUAACUUUUAUUUUUUAAUAUAUGGGAACAGACCAGCCCUAAAGUUUCUAAAACUAAUAGCUGCUGGCUUUCAGCAAGCUUUGUCUAAUGCGAAACUUCAAGUAAGAACAAACUGUCAUUGUUUGCUAUGGCUGAGUAGUUAUUCACCUAUAACUAGUUUCAUGUUCUUAAGCAGUGGUUUCUAACAAUAGCCAUGACAUUUUAACUCCUUUGGAGAAGAACAAAGGUAUGAGACCAGCGCAUUGACCAGCACCCAUUUUACUGAAAUACAACAAAUCUACAAUAUAUGUAAAAUAGGUAUUUGAAAAAGGAUUUAUCUGCUGUUCUUUAUUAAUUGGGUUUCAGGGCAUGAGGUCAGAAGCCCUGUUUAGCUUCCCAUUCUGAGUAAAGGGUGUGUCUGUCUUGCCUUAGAGCUGUUUGUCCUGACCACGCCUGUGUGUAUGAAAACCUGAGGGAUGGUAGAAAGCUGACAAUACCAGAAACCAGAUCAGAAAAAAUGACACAAACCCCCAGAGGCAAUCGUUUCCCUUUCAUGUUUACACUGAGUGGCUCCUUUCAGCCCAGGGCUUUAUCUGGCUCAUGUCUUUUUUUUUUUUUCAGUUUGAUUCCACCUUAACCCUGAGGUGCAACACAAUAGCCGAGCUCAUGUUCUCUCUUGGUCGUCAUGUUUACCGUAGGGGUGAGGAGACAAACAGCUUGUUGCUCCUUGAACAAGAGUGCUUGUAAAAACCAGACUCACUGAACAGAGUGGGGAAAUUCCUCAUUACAGCUGUAUUUGUUCAGUAAAACAAAGAUUGCAGUUAUGCAACAAUACUUAAGACCCUACCAUUUUUUCACAAUGACAUUUUAUUCUACUCUGCUGCAGUUAUCUGAGGUUUGUUUUGUAUUCUACACAGCAGUUUCAUGAUUUAUACAGGAUCGGAGGUGUUGCUACUUGCUAUGUAUCCUGCAGGUAGUUUUAUGUAUCGUGUUAUACUGUUAUUCUAGCUUGUUAUGAAUGCAUGGCUAGACUGGCAGGGCAUGUUUCAUGAAAGAGGAGUAGUUUGAUAUCAUGGUUAAUGUCUGAUAAUGUGGAGGGAAUGAGUUUAGCUGCAGCAGCUCUUAAACACUUAGACAGCCAUUAUAAGAUCCCACUUAAAAGCCACGCAAAGCCUUGAAUAAUAAUGCAUUGUGUCUGGUAAUUAGGUUUUGCAAACAACAAAGGAAUCUGGUUAGUUACAGAUCAUAUUCAAGUGUUAUUUAAUACCCCCAAAGCAGAGUGUUACUUCCAACCAUCUAACAUCGACAAGAGUAAAAAAAGGUGUCAACUGUAAAGUGAAACAUCAAAACUGUGUCACCUUACGAAACCCUGUCAAACAGGUGCCUUUUGUUUGUAGGUUAAAGGGAGAAGAUGUCAGAUGUUUUCAAAUUACCAAAUGUCAGCCAGCUUUAAAUGUGCAUUUUUAAGAUUUACAGUUGAUCACUACAGAGUAUAAAUGCUGGUGUGACUAUAUUCUGGCUUUCACUCCCUUAACAGGAAGAAUACAGGAGAGGCAUAUAAUCAGGGCAACAAAGCUUAUUGUUCAGUUAACAUAGUUAUAGCAGCUGUGAUAUACUGUGUGAAUUACUCUCUCUGAUGGGGUGUUUCUCCCCUUGAUGUUCCUUCAGCCUGUAAAAAUGCUUGAACAAAAAGAAGUAAACAGUCCAUGUUAAAUCCUUCAAAAAGUGUCUUAAAUUACUAGUGACAUUUGAAAGCAUGGUAGAAAUUUAUUCACAGUGCACCAACAUGAUUUUAGAGAAAGAUUCAGAAUCUUAAACUGUAUUAGCAAUCGCUCACUAUAUGUAAUGCCACACUAUAAAGUGAGAAUGGUGUUCAUUAAUCUGAUAGAGCUAAAGCAGUUAGCUGUUUAAUAAUCAUUCCAUAGUAACUAGUAUAAGCUCAUUUAAGUUAAUUCCAGCUGUAUACAUGAAAGUAUACAAAAAUGAUAUCAUGUGUGGCUAACAUCAUCAGAGCUAACACCUCCAGCCUUUGGUCCACCAUGCAGGUUGCUGUCAACUAGUGAUCCAAUAGUGAUUGGUGGCGGCCUGUUAGCUUUGAUACAACGUAUAACCAACAUUCUGGGCCUUUUGUGAUAAAUAUAUGAAUAUUGGUAGUUUUUGUACCAACUGGUGAGGGCAAUGACCUUAAGUUGUAUGGUCUACUCGAUGUUCAACUCUACUUAUGAAACUGAAUACUUAAGGGUCUUAGACUCUUGCUACAUAACAAGCGGUUUGAAAUGAUCAAAUUUAGCUCUGCAUGAAAAUAAUGCUUUGUGAAAAUAAUUGUUAUGUACUGCCCUGAUCGCCAUUGUGUAGCUCUCAGUGGUGUAACAUUUGAUGAAGAAAUUCUUCUCAUGAUAUGAUAUGUAUGUGAUUAAUCUCAGACUGGAACUUUGUACACUGAUGAUCUUCUGACUGUGCAGACGUUGAAGCAGAAAAUAAGCAUAAUUAUCAGAUUGCUUUAAGUGGAUAAUUGGAAUUUUCCAAAUUAAGAGAAUCUAGGGAUGUCCUUUUAGCAGUAGACUGAUUUUCUGGCAUCUUCAGGCUGUAAACAAAUAAUUACAAACAUACAACACCAUGCUCUCAUGUAAACAUUAAAAUCCAAAGACAGAUUUAUAUACGAGAUGUGUUUGAGAACCCUUAUUUCUGGCGUGUGCUCUGCUCAUCCUUUUUCAGGCUCUACUGCACUCCUUGUUUUGAGUAAGUAGAGCAUUUUCUUCUGGGGAAGUCUUGGUUCUACCUCUGUAUGACUUCACCAGGUACUGUAAAUGAGAGCACAAUGGAGGCCAUGACUUUCAUUAAAACUGUAGGCGUGUAAAUUCGCUAGAAAGACACAUCUUAUUAAUCAAAAACAAGUGCUUAUUGUUUCAGAUCGUGAAUUGUUUAAAACGUUAUGAGCUGCCUGUACCGCAGUGAGUCUUGGUUAAAGUCCAACUCAUUUGGCUCAUGUUUUGGACUCUCUAAUAGCUCUAAAUAGAGCUCAUUUGAGAGGAGUUGUUGAGGGUGAAAUGUUGUCUGGGAGGAACUCAUCUCAUGGCUAAUUUUGAUGACUGUUGUACGACUGAAAACAACACAAGAGGGAGGCUCCAUUCAAAAGUAAGCAAUGAUAAUUUUUCCCACUUCUACAAAUGCCUGGAGAGCUGUAUCAACGCAGAGGCAGAAAAUUUUAUAGCACCAUAAAACGAGGCCAACUAAGCAGAUUACAGAACAGUAGGUUUGGACAGAACACACGUCAGCGAGAAGGCCAACCGGGGACAGUCAAUUUCAAAAUCAUCCAAUUACUGGGAAAUGUUGUGUUUAGUAAAUAAAGAGCUCUAUUCAGGUCUUGUUGUUUUUUCUAUAAUAAUAAGUACGAAAAGGCUCAGCAGGAGAUAAUACUCCAAGAGUUUGCUCACUCAAUGAUUUUACAUAAUGGCUUGCGUAAAACCAGUUUGCUAAUGUUGAUCUCUGGCUGCUGUCUCUGCCAGCGACAUUAACCCAAGCACUGAUGAAUUUUGAGACAAAUAUAUUGAUGCUUUGGAAGUAAAAUCUGUUUAAUUGUGUGGCUUGAAUUGUAGUUUGAAAUGAGAGCAGGGUAAAUUCAGAGGUCUUGUCUACCUUAACAGAACCCAAUAUAAUACACGACCACCAGCUCUCAAAACAUGAUCCCUCUGAUUACCAAGUUACUAAAUUUGGAUACAAACAAACCAGCAUUUCAUAUUGGCUAUCAGCCAUCCUGCUCUCUUAUCAAUAUCAGCUUCUGCCAUUGAAACGCUGAUACAGAUCGACCACUACAUUUUAUCAAAUACUACAAACUUUUUUGUCAUUGGCAUCACUCUAUGAAUAAAUUUGCAAGUUCACUUCACUUGUCCUUGCUUAUAUUUGGACAGGGCAAGCGCUAAAAUAACUUUGGUAGAUGUAGCCAUCUUGUUUCCGCCUCUGAUUUUGCUUUUUUAUGACUUGGUAACUGAAACUCUGGUAUUUUGGGUGUGACAUCAUUCCCAGCUCGGACAUCUGACUUCCGAGGUAACUUGAACGCAGCAUUAUAACAUUAAUUUUCAAGUGACAAUAACAAAUAUCAAAGUAUUUGCUGCUUUUCUUUGUCAUAUUUUUCAAUAGAUGAGGAGUCUCGGACUGUGACUUGAUGUGCCAUUGUUAUACUCUGACACCAUGUUGCCAUUUUACCUGACUUUCUACAGGAAAAAGUUAGUUGCAGAUCUGUUGCUGAUGAGUUAAUGUCUCUUUUGCUCUUAAAGCAAUAUCACCAAUCAGUUAAAUAUUAAACAUCUUUGAUGUCAGUUUUAUUGUUGCUGAUAAUAAGGAGGAGGUAAUAUCACACAGGUCUGUGAUCAUUCCUGUUAUAAAGGUUGAAAACAUGAGCACUGAUCUGUUAGUUUUGGCGAUCAGCAGCUUAUGGUCACAAACCUGGCAACAGAAAUAGAAUCCUGCUGUCAGAACUGUAACAGGAAAAUGAAGUUUGAUAACAAAGCCUUAAAGUUCAGUGUCUGAGUCUGAAGUGUCCGACAUCCAUGCAAAAAUAUUAAUACUGUAUGUAAAUCUUUAACUCCAGUAACAGCUCUGCAUUUGUGAGUCCUCAGAGAAACCUUUGAAACCAAUGAGUGUUUGAUGACUUGUUUUUAGCACACUCACCACACACACUGACACACACAUCUAUCACCAUCUGUCUGCUUCUCACUCUCCCUGUUUACACGACAUCGUGCCUUUAUGAAAGGUUGCCUGUUUCCAAAAAAAGCCGCAUUUUUAAGUCCUCCCAGACGCCACAGAAAGAGAGUUUUUGUAGUCGUUGUGUUGUAUCGGACAGAAGAUUUCCAAAGGAAGGGGUUUUUGUGUUUUGAAGCUGCUAAACCAUGUGAUAUGAGUCCCAUUUUUGCUUGGUGUAAGAUUUGAAGAGGGAUGGGCUGCGUUUAAAAAGGAUGCCAAUUUCAUCAUUACACAGAGAAGGACUCAAAUGCUGUCCCUUUGCCAUGAAAGACCCAUGAGGAUGUGAAUUUCUACCCCCCUAAAAAAUGAUCUUGCAUAUGAUUGGUUUACUCUGUGGUGUGUAUGCUUCUGUAGCUGUCAUUUUCCUCGUACCUCCUCUUUUUCUUUUGCCUUUUUUUAACCCUGUUUUUCAUUUUUUCCCUCCCUCCCCCCUGCUCUCCUCUCCCUUCCCUCCCUUCAUGUAACCUCCUCCCUUCCAUCUCAUCCAAGUGGCGUUCACAGCAGCUUACUCAUGUCCAGUCACUUCCCAGCACGCCUUGCUUCUCUCAUGGACACUCACUUCCUGCUCCUCUCUUGACAUUUCUUUCUCUAUCCUUCUUUUUCCAGUGACAGCAGUACAAGAAUGAGGUCCUUGUCUGCUUAGCCACCCAUAUCUCUUGAAGAUGUUCCAGCUAAGGUAAGAAAUCCCUCAGACACACACACACACACACACACACACACUGACAUACACACACACACACAUGCUCCAUGCUGCUUUUACAUUCCUUCUCAAGAAUCCAACCAGUCGACACUCUCCUCUAACUAGAAGCAGAUGGUGAAAGUUUACUGCGUGCCUGGUUACACCUAAACUCUGUGUCUGGUUGGGAUGUUUCUGCGGUAUAAAGUUGAUUCAAGAGGAGGGAGUGAGCUGUGAUUGGUCGUGGGCAUAAUUAGGGGCAGGCUGAGGAGGAGGCCCUGACAUGGUAUUGUGGCAUGCAGCUGCUGCGUGUUUUACAGUUGAUCCCCUGUGGUGACAGGGUGUACAUGACUCUGUGUUUUGUAGUGAAAGUUUUUGUUCUGACCCCUUAAUAGCACACCGAGGCAGACGGACUUAAACAAUGUUCUGUCUUUUUUAAGCCGCACAUUUUGCAAAGUUUUCUGCCUUUUGUUCCAUAAAUGUAUCUGUCUUUAAAGUUCAUUAGAUUUCGAUCAAAUUGGGUAAAAAUAUACAAAUAAAUCAAUAAGAUGAUGAUCCCCUGAGUGAGAGGUCUGCUAAAUAGUAUUUUAUUAAUCACUUAUUAAUAUUUUUAUUAAUGACUUAUAACCUAAUAUUGUUCAUCUUAAAAAUGCCUGUUAACAUGGGUUUUAUCUCAAUUUUCUGAAAAUAUUUUAUCAUAAAAAAUAAAUAAGCAGUAGUCAUUCAAAAAGAUGUCUGAAGAGUGUAGUAAUAAGAUUGUCAGUCAUGGUGUUGAUGUUUUCAGAGCUGAUAUAAAUAUUACUGAUUGUUAUAUGAGUUAAAAAAAUCUUCUUGUAUUGAUGGAAGUUCCUUUUUUUUUUUUUUUUUUUUUUUGUUGAUUUUUGCCUUUAUGGAUAGGACAGUGUGGAAAUACGGGGAGAUAGAGAGAGAGAGGGGGGAGGACAUUCAGCACAUGGUCAAGGCCGCACUCAAACCCGCGACCGCUGUGGGGACCGUGGUCCCUAUACAUGGGGCGCACUAACCCGCUCGGCUGAAGUUCCUUGAUUUUAAUGGAAUAAAAUCUAAAAUCUAUCUAGAGAGAGUUUGUGGUUUCAUCAAAUGUUAUAUUAUGUCCAAAUCAUCAAUUUAUUGUUGUAUGGUAAUAAAUUUUGUUAUUUUGAUGUUUUUUUGAAAAAUAAUAUCCCAGGCUGUUAGUGUUAUUCAUGAUACUGUUCCCAUAUCUGUGGAUAGACGGUAGACCCCGAUUUCCACACAGCUAGUUUUGGCAUACUGCCCCUAAUUUCUAACUCACAAGUUUACAAGCAAGUGCUUUUGUAUUUGCCUCUCUGUCAGUCUGCAGUCUCUUUAAUUAGAACAUGAAAAAUACCCCGUCCUUUUCACACUGCUAGAAGACGGUGCUUCGUCCAUGUCUGAUAUUGCAAGAUAUCAUUGCAGUUGAUAUCCACGUGCUUGCUUGUUAGAGCUCAACAUGCAACAACAACUCAAAAUGUAAUAAAAAAUGUAAUAAACACCAAAAUGAAACAAGUUACUACAUUGUAGGCAAACGUUUGCAAACAUUUCGGCUUAGCAUCUUGUCAAAUUUUGGAUUUUAUUACAUUUUUUAUAUUAAAAUUCAGGUUGUUGUUAAAGUGUAGAUAGUUAUAACAUGUUGUGCAUGUUACAUACUAACAAGGCUCUUACAAUACAAGUUUACUGGCUGGGAGGUCCCAGUAUGUCUGCCAGUGACCACCUAGCCUCAUCCUGGUGGAUGCUACUCCCCCCCCUCACCCUUGGUAACUGUUAUGGAUGCAUGAGGAAGAGGGUCAAAGUUCAAGGCACACUAAACUGAGUCUCAAUCGUUUGCAUACAGCAUGCAAAAUGUGUACUUUGUCCAUAUUGUACAUGUGCUGCAUGUAAAGUAUGCUCUCUGUAAAGGCUGCUGGAGUAUAUGCCUUGGUACAAAGAAAAAGCAUAUAAUUUAGUAUGUAGGGUUUGUUCUGUUAAAACAAUGGUGGAGAGAUUUUGAGUGAAUCAUGCCUGACUUUCAUGUGCAUGUGGCAUAAUUUCAAAUUCUAACAAUAGUCCUGACAAACACUCACUGUCUGCAGAGAGAGGAAACAUGAGGAGAUAGGACACAUCCUUAUAUCCUUCCUCCUCAAGUGCAGGCGUUUACCUUUAGUCAACAGCUGGAUCGGCUCCUUUACCACGAAUUUCAGACAAUAUUUGUCUUGUUCACAGGAAUCAGCUUUUCCAGUUACUCUCUCUCCAAGGAAAACAACAAAUCAGUUCCUUUCUGGGGGGGAAAGUGGGCAUCUUCCAAAUUUCCACUGUGCCAAUGUGAGUGUUGGAUCAGAUCUGCAGAGCUGCCCUCCGGUUAUUUUUAACUAAAACAAUAUGUAACUCUUUUCUCAAGCAAACAAGAAUUGUGUGCAGCGAAUUUGAAUGUCAUUCGGAAAUGAAAACGCUGAAAUACGACCUACUAAAUUCAUCCAUAAGCAUGUCUUUCAUAGCUCCCAACAUCCAGCCUGAGUCGUUCACACCCAGUUGCUGUUUGCCUUCUGAUGUCAAAAAUGUUUGUGUAAUAGGAGCGACGUCAGGGGCCCUGCAGGAAUCCACUCUAGGCGUGUGAGUUAGUCCAAAAGCAAUUUGACAGCUCAGUCUGAAGUCCUGAGUGCAGCAGAAGAGUCUCUGAGCCAAAGUUAAGCAAGAUGUGCCUCUACUGAGUCAUCUGACUUUGCCUGUUAUUGUUCGCUUUCCUGCAUGCCUGUCAUAGCUGCUGUCCAACCAUGCAGACAGAGAGGGAGAAAUUCGCUGCAUAUCAUUGCAUCAGUGCAGCUAUUUUCUGCCUGUGUGUCAUAAUGUCUUCUUGUUUGCCUUUUCUGCAUCCUCAGGUCCUCUGUGAUUAUCCCUCCUCCCGUGGUUUUGGUUGCAUUCAGUCAGCAGUCAGGAAUUUCCUCCGUCUCCUGCCUAUGACAUGGUUUAACCCACGUACCACCUGGUCACCAUGAUGAUGGCCUCCAUGGUUGCCAAUGGAAAUCGAGAUGGGCAGUCUCUGGUCCUGAAGGGGGUGGAUCCAGAGACCUGCAUGAUUGUGUUCAAGAACCACUGGGCUCAGGUUAGUGCUGGAAAGCAAAAUUCCUGCAGAAAUAGUUCCUGGUGUAAUUUAAAGGGAUAUUUCGGUGUAAAAUUAAUUUAGGGUCAAACACACUGUAACGCUGAGUUAGACGCCCCCUUGAGAGAUGAAUGUUGCCGACUGCUUGCUUCUCUAGUCAUACCAACUUUAGUAACGACCGCAGGAUAGCAAUACACAGUGGUCUGAGGAGCCAUAAACAAACCUCAACCAAAACACCACUCUAUAGCCACAAAUAAUAAUAAACAUCUUUCUAGCUUUGCCUGAUUUCUUUAGCAAAGAGACUAAACACAACUCACCCUCUCUCUUCCAGCAGCUGCUUGUUUGUACAGAGACCUCUGGGCGAGUCCAUCAACUGCAGCGGGGUGACGCACAUCAAGGAAGAACAUUUAUGAUCAUUUUUUCAUGGAAAUGCGGUCAGACUGAGACGCUCAAGCAGAAGAACUACUGUGUCUGCAGUGCAAAAUGAUUAAUAUGAUGAUUAUUACUUCAAAGAAAUGAUAAAAUAAUGAUCAUAAAUGUUCUUCCUUGCUGUGUCACCCCGCUGCACUCGAUGGUCUCUGUACAAACAAGCGGCUGCUGGAAGAGAGUAGGUGAGCUGUGUUUAGUCUCUUUGCUAAAGAAAUUAGGCAAAGUUAAAAAGAUGUUUGGUGGCUAGUACUAUGGCUGGGACCCUAUAUGUACUGUUGAUGAAGUUAGGUGCUGUUCUGAGCAUUAUUCUUGGCUAUAGAGUGGAGUUUUGGUUGAAGUUUGUGUGUGGCUUCUCAGACCGCUGUGUAUUGCUAUCGUGCGGUCAUUAUUAAAGUUGGGAUAAAUAGAGAAGCAAGCAGUCAGCAACAUUCAUCUCUCGAGGGGCUGUCUAACUCAGUGUUACGGUGUGUUUGACCCUAAAUUAAUUUUACACCGGAAUAUCCCUUUAAGACAUAAAUCCUAGGUUCGAUUUAUCCAGAAAACUAUGCUGUGCAUCACACCCUCCAUUCUCUCGGUCUGCUGAUUUUCCUCAUCAGUCAAUUGAAUGCAAAAGUGUUACAUUUUGAAAAAACAGGUGUUUUAAUUUGAACAUAAAAGCACACCUGGAGGUAGAUGAAGCAGUUAAGUAAAUUUGUUGGAGGGAAACAGGUGGAAGGGAGGGACCCAGGGUACAAGGAGUUAGGUGGAAUUCAGGAGAGGUGAAAGCUGGAGACAUGAGGGCUUGAGGAGGAGGCUGGUGAGCGAAACCAGGGAGAGAGUGUGGCAGUGUCGCAGAGAUUGAAAAGUGGCACUGGAGGCUCAUGGAGGCACUGGAAAAGAAAGAGGAAAGUUAAAUUAGUCGCUGGUAAAACACAAAAACAAGCUGAAAAGCUCGAACGAUUGUGAAUUCAUAAGAGAACUCUAGAAACUGGCCAAGAUACAACUUCAGAAGUGGGAAUGAUCUGGUGCUGGAGGAGCCUCACAGCAGGGCUUAAAUGCAGGUGGUGAUUGCAGUAAUUAGGUGCAGGUGUGAAGGUGCAGGUGGAGUCAGUGAAGGAGGGAGCCGCCCAAUCUCUGUGAAGAGGGAACACACACACACAAAAGUCUACACGACAGACACUCAGUAAUGUUUGUUGUGACCGCAUUAAGUGCAUUCAUUGUCUCACUUUGGUGGUAUUUCUGCUAUCUUGUUGCUUGAAAUCUUUUCGCUAAGAUAGGCUAAUAACCUUCAGCUUUGGCCCCAUGCUUCAGAAUCACAAAAAUACAGAUCUUCACCUGUAACUUUUGUCAAGAAUUUGAAACAACAAUAUCUCCAAAGCUAUAGCGAUCAAUUAUUUUGAAAUGUCUUGGCUAUCUUGACACUUGAGCGCUCUUUUUAGCCAACCCUCCCACUUCUGAGUUAUUUCCAUAUAUCAGUAAGUUCAGUGUGAAAAAUGUAAGCCUCUUAAAAAGACUUUUCAACAUUUCACAGGAAAAAAAAAAUCAAAAUUCUAAUGAAGUUUCAGAUUGAAUUUAAUUUUGUGUUAGUUUUUCGUCAGCUCUCUCACUUGGACACCACUUUUCCUUCUCUUCUGCCUCACUGGCAGCACAACUCGACAGGCAUAUACUUUGGCUGUCCUAACAACCUUAAACUACAGUACAGCGAUGGCCGGCUGAGUCUUGGCAGUGUGUUUCAGACUGUCUGAGACUGUUGGCUCUGAGCAGCAGCAUGUGUCCCUGAUCACCCCUGUGGGUCCUGGCAGCCUGUGAGGCCUAAGUCCUCCCACGCUGAGAUCAACAAAACCUACACACACUGUCAGAAGUUUAACACAGGCCAGGCUCCGUGGGGAUAGGAAAGUGUGGUGGGAACUAAAUGUCAGCUGCUUUAUGGCUGAAUUAGAGGCUGUCUGUCAGGGUCAGUGUGGAGCUCUGUGGCGCUCACAGCUAAAUUAGCUGAUCUCCUCUGUGUUUUAAUUAAGUUUGUCAUCAGAUGAACGUGACACUGGUAUCAUUGUUGUGAGGUUGGAGUUGAUACGGUAUUAUGCAGGGUCGUCAGCUUAACUGUAACUGUUGACCAUCAUUUGUUUUCAUUUUUGCUGUUCUUCUCUGCUCAUGUGCAGCAUUGAAAACCAAGACAAAUUUUCCCAAUGGUUAAAAAUAGUUUUGUAUCAUAUUGUAUUAGGGAUGAACGAUGUAUCGUCAGAAAAAUUCCCCAUGAUAAAUAUUUGCCAUCUCAUGAUAAAUACGAUAAAUGCAAGUUGAUGAGGUAAGCGCGAGCGAUGGACACAUGGGUGAAGGUAAUGAAGAAGACGUUUCUGAGCAGCUCGUUACUGAACGAGGCUCCACAUGAGGGAUUUCCUUCAAGAUUGGGGCUUAGAUGUGCGCAAUCAGGACAUCGGACAGUGAAUCUGCUGCUGUUCACUCUGUGUGAUUAGAGUUUUCAACAAAUGAUGAAAAUGUUCUCUCAUUUGAGACUUGUUUGAUGUCAAUAGUUUUCUCCAUAACCUACCACUCAAACUUGGGGUUAAGUAUCUUACUUGGGUACUCCAACUGGUGUUCUCAAGACAAAAUGAGUCAAAAAUAUAGAUUAGAAUUAGAAUAUUUUUUAUCUGGACUUUUAUUGUUAUUGCCAGAAAAGCAAAUCUUAUUGUGAUAAUUUUUUUAGCCCAUAUUGCCCAUCCCUGUAUUGUAUUGUAUUGUAUCAUAUCAUAUUGAACGGUAUCAAACUAUUCAUUAUUCUGUCUAACUGUAUCGUAUCUUACUGUAUUGGAUCAUAUCUUAUUGUAUUGCAUCGUGUUAUGUCGUAUUGUGUUAUAUUGAAUCAUGUUAAACACAGCUCAAAUGAAAUGCUGUUUGUUUCCAGCUGUGUUGUUAUGGUAUGGUAUUGUGUUGUACUAUAUCACAUCAUAUCAUACCGUGUCAAAUCAAGUUUAAGGUAAUAACAGUUUGACAAAAAUCUGCCUCCAGGAAAAUUCAGGAAGUUUCAUGAAGUGGAUCUUAUGCAAAGUGUUGUUUUUUUUUUCUGUUGAAAACUUCAUUGUUUUGUUGGAGUAAGAGAGUUGGGCUACACAGUUGAAACACUUUUUGUGAGUGGUGUAUGUUCUGGUGAAAUCAGACUCAUGUGGUCACCCUGUGCAGGAAGCGAGCAUAAUGUUUUGAAUACAAACUAAAUGAUCCUAAGCUGUCCAAGUUAGUUCAGCCCAGACUGAUGACAGACCUGACGUUUGUCACCAAUACAGCUGUUUUGCUCCUCCAGUUUGUAGUCUGUUUUUGAAACCACCCUAGAGUCCUGUUUGGUUACAGGUUAGGGUUACCUCUUUUUACCUCUACAUGUCAAAACUUGAUGUUUUUGUUUUGAGGCCUCUGAUGGUUUAGCAUGAAGGGAGAAUGCCUUAUUUUGUUGUAUUGAAAUCGUUUGGUGUAACUCCUCUUAUGCAAUGUGUUCAGACAGUCUAGCAAGUUUGUUGCAACCCGUCUGCUUGAUUUUCUUUGUUGUUGAAAUCAAAAGUACCACAGACUGACUACUCUGUCUUACUAUUAUUACAUUCAAAGAGAGAGAGAGAGAACUCUCUGUCCCAGAUUAAAGCUUGUCGUGCCUUAGGCAAACUGGCAGCACAAUUUCACUCCCGCAGAGUCGUAUUUUCAUGCCUAGUUACUCUGCAGCUGGAUGAGGGUGCCUUUGACUUUGGUUUCAGCUUGGAAAACCUUGAAAUUUGAGCGACUUGUCAGUAAUAUCAGCCUUGUCCCCGUGUAAAGAGCACUGCCACCUUCCCCAUUGGUAGAUCAGGUUCGUGUUCAUUUGCUGUGUGUUAUCUGCUGCUCUUCAGCUUCACAAAGCUCAUUGUGUUCGUAGCGACACGCAAAAUGAUCUGUUUGUCGCUGCCACUGCCAACAGUCUCUAACCACGGACAGUGAGGGCAGUUUGUUUCUCAUCGCAGAGUGUCCACAGAGGAACUGAGUCAUCACAUUCAUUGCAAAUGCCAAACUUUAUGAAUGUGUUUCUGUUCUGUGACGUGUAGAGUUAAUGUGGAACUACUUCCAUUCAGUGUACAGUAAGAACUUUUUGACUUAGAGUGUAGUGUUGUGGGAUCAAACCAAACCAGAAACAGGUGACCUAGCAAAAACAAACAGCUCCACUUACUCUAAGUUGGUCAAACAUUUCCUUGAUAUGCUUCUUCAACCAACACAAGUUAAAAAAUUCCUUUUUCACUUUUAAUCCUUUAAUCCCGAGAAUAAUCUUGGAAUAACGAUAAAGAAAUCUUAAUGCAAAGUCGAAACUGGCAAUUCAGAUCACAGCAUGAAUCUGCAUAUACUGUUUGGUAUUGAUAAUGCAUUAGACAGUGCUUUGCUGUUAAGGCUGACUCAUCAUAAAACUCAUGCAGUUAAAAGACAAGACACCACUGUCAGCAAACAUAGCAUUGAUUCUUUGUUAUAACUUAAGAAAGUCCCAGCGCAAAAGUUUAAAGCUCAAGUCUGCAGCUUGAGCAUUUGAUUUGUGAGCGUUGACUUUAAUUACCAAGCCAAGUUUUAUAAAUUGUUAAUAUUACACAAAAACUAAUCAAACCGUCCAAUGUUGAAUUUUUAAAAAACCCUUGUGUAUCAGGCGAUGUUUCACUGCUUCACAGAUGUUUGCUGGCAAUGUUCAAGCAGCUCUACUCGAGCAUUUGAGGUCAAGGCUCUUGCAAAAGAGCACACAACUGUAAGUAAAAAACAGGGAGCAAAUGAUGUGCUUUUCUACAUUCAUGUUCAUGCAACAGAUUUUUUUUUACCAUGGGCUGUAUAAAACACCUCUGUGAGGUCACUCAUAGGCAUCUGAGGUGAUGAUCUGAAGCCGACGAUGGUGGUGGCCAUUUUGGAAAUGCUAACGAAUUGGGAUGAAAUGCUGACUUAAAGGCUAACAGGUGAGACUUAACGGGCCUUUCACCUCCCAAACAGUCAACUCAUGAAAGCUUUAAUUAUGUAAAACCAUAGCCUUAAUAUCCUUAUAGUAUUUAUGCACUCAAAAAAAUUCAAACCAUAGAGUGAACAAUGAGAGAAGCGGGCCUCUGUUUUUGGACAAGGAUUUUUUAUGAUCAACUGGAAGUAACUUUGUAAUGAGGGUAGAAUCAGGAACACAAUAAUGACUCUUGUGAGGAGUUUUUAGAUGUUAAUGGACUAAAAUUCAUGUUAACGCCUUUUUAUGAUAUACAAAAACAAAUUAAACCAUCAGUAGUAAGAUUGAACAUUCUCAUGGUCUAAGUUUUAAUGUCUGAAACUUAUGCAAGGGGGUAGGUGUCAGCUGAGCAGCUGAGGAAACAGCCCUGUUUGAAUUUUCAAAUGAUUCGUUCGUCUGUCAAAAAUCAGCAGGAUAAAGUUUUUAUUCAGAAUUCACAAUCUGAGCAUGUAGAGGACAAGAUAAGGAAAGACUCAUUUGUCCAUUUGUCCAGGUGGUGGACAAAUUACUGAUUACUGCAGUAAUACCCUAAGACAGUGGUUCUCAAUCCAGUCCUCGAGGCCCACUGUCCUGCAUGUUUUGGAUGUUUCCCAGCUUCAACACACCUGAUUCAAAUGAUCAGCUCGUUAUUAAGCCAUUACAGAGCUUGAUAACGAGCUGAUCAUUUGAAUCAGGUGUGUUGGAGCAGGGAAACAUCCAAAACAUGCAGGACAGGGGGGGCUCGAGGACUGGAUUGAGAACCACUGACCUAAUACAAUCAAUGUUUAACAAACGUCUGACUCCCCUCUGUGUUCACAGAGUAAUAACCCUUCCCCUAACUCUAAAUAUGGUUCUGCUCAGAGCCUGAAUCCGAUCCCUGAUCCUCAGGCCACUGGGCCGAGCCCCAGCGGACUCAAACUACACAGAUUACAAACUUGUGUUCUCAUGUUUCCAUCGGCUGUGCCCAGUCCUCUUGUGUACAGCAGGUUAUUGUCAUGGCAGCAGGGGCAGGCUGGGGACACUGGCUCCUUUAUUGUGACUUUGGUUUCUACACAGAGGACACACAAGGGAGGGACAGGGUUACACAAAGGACUGUUUCACUCUGUGCUACCAAAGUGAGUUUAUUUGCACUGAGCUGUGGGUCUGUUUACAACACAUUAUGAACUGACGGAGGAAGGAUUUCACCUGCAAUGUGCUGGAUUAUAAAUGGUUUAAAUGCUAUAAUAAGGAAAAACUGACCUGUUCAAAGGUGUUCAUUAGAAAGCUAAUAAGAGUGCACUGUACUUGGUGUGAGCAAAGAAGCUUAAGCUCUUCUUACUCAGCACAAAAGGCAACUGAUUUAAUGUUUUUUUUUGCACUUUUUAAAUCCCUGAAAUCAAUAUGCUUCUUUCAUGGAUUUGCUUUAAAGAUUUUCCAUCAGUCUUGUGUGCUCAGGUUUUUAUUCUCUGCAGUCUGUUAAAACAGUGUGAACUCUGUAAACUCUGUGCGACAGGCUGUCAUCUGCACUUUUUAAACAAACAGAAAACAAUAAUUUAAAAAUCUUUUUGGGAAUGUGUCAUCACUUUGUGGCCAAAGUUUAUGGGUAACAACAAUUUUGUUAAAAGUUUCAUAUAAGACUAAGUUUCUGGAACCUCCUGCAUGAAAAUCAAAGUAUGCAUGAUUAUUUAGGGUUUGGUUUAAGUUAUGUUUCUCUUGUUUUUUUUUUCUUAUAGGUGGUGAAGAUUUUAGAAAAACAUGACCCCUUACGCAGCAGCUCCACCCUGCCUUCCCUCAAUGUCAUCAACCUCAACACUGGCUCCGGCGGCAGCCCUCGUUUCGGCCCCAUUCCUGGAGACGAGGCGAGCGCAGUGCAGAACUAUGUGGAGCACAUGCUGUUCCUGUUGAUAGAGGAGGAGAGCGGACAGGCCGGCGCCAUGGGUCCCAUCCUGGAGUUUGUGGUGAUGGAGAAUGUAAUGGAGCGUCUUUUUGUGUGGAGUCUGCGUCGGGAGUUCACGGACGACAUGAAGCUGGAGCAGCUGAAGAUGUAUGAGAUGCUGGUGGGCCAGGCGCACCAGCCUCUCCUGCACCACAAGCCUAUCCUGCGGCCACUCAUGAUGCUGCUGUCGUCCUGUUCGGGCACGACGGCACCACGGGUGGAAGCCGAGCUGGUGCUGCUGCUCAACCAGCUGUGCUGCGUUCUGGCGAAGGACACGUCGGUUCUGGAGCUGUUUUUCCACACCAGCGAGGAUCAGGGAGCAACAAACUUCCUUAUUUUCUCCCUGCUUAUCCCCUUCAUUCACAGAGAGGGAACAGUGGGGCAGCAGGCCAGAGACGCUCUGCUGCUCAUCAUGUCGCUGUCUGCUGAGAACGAGCGGGUGGCCAAACACAUUGCAGAGAACACUUUCUUCUGUCCGGUCAGUCCACAUACGAAAUUUUACCUCCUCCUUCCACCUCUUUUCUCUUUUAAAUCACUUGUUUGUCAAAGUUAAAUGCUCCUACAUCAGUUUUGCUUUAGAUAUCAGCCUCCUGUACCUAAAUCUAAAUUGCUUCACCCUUUUAAGCCUGUAAUAUUAACAGUCCGCCUGGUUAUUAUUCUCUUUUUUUAGCUGUAAAUGUUGCAAAAAAUGUCUUUUGUGUGAAAUCUUUGCUCCUUUUUUCAGGAUAAAUUCAACUUCUCUCAAGAAUUAUACAUUUUUACAUGUUAUAUACAUUUAAACUGUGUGAAAUAACAAAAAAAAUAUUUAAAAACGGAUUUGAGUUUUUAGAAAGUUUUGUCUAAUUUGUAAUAUUAGCUCUUGAGCUAUAUAACAUCCCCUCAAAAAAACUGUUUGCAGGUUUUUUGACGCAAGUAAAGAGUUUAUAAUGCGUCAGAACUAGAAUAAAGUUAGCAAUCAAUGUUUUCCCGCCAAUAUCAUGAUUCAGUUUUUCUACUUUUUAAACAAACUCUGCAAUAUUGUUGGAGGACGGUACUUUCUUUUUCCCUCACAGCUCCUCUCACACUUUCUCCGACCCUGAGCUUCAUAAUUAGCCGCCAGUAUACAGAUAAAAUUGUGAAUCUGCUGGAAGCAAAACAUCUCUGGCACUGAAUGUGUGGCAUUUACAAGAUUAUUGCAUGGUUGCAAGCUAAUCCCACACAAAUAAUACCAUUCAGCUGCAGCUGCAGACAUUGCAUGAGAGAGAGAGCUUUUGAUUUGAUGCCAGGUUUACAACUGGAGUCUGAAGUUAAUUGGUUCCACUGGCAGACUACAAGGAUAAUCCUAUGCAAGAUUUAUUGUAUACAUCAGAGCAAAACUAAUCAUGUGCUCUAAUUAAAGUGAAAUUAGUCUGCCGUUCUAUAGAACAUUGUUUGAAAUCUUACCUUGUAGAUAUAUCAUAUUAAUGCUGCCUGUUUGUUUUGGAAACAGACUUUAGUCCUGAAUGCUGUAAUUAGUAAACCCAUUAACAUAUCAUGAUGAUUACAGUGGGAAAGAUAGAGGCACUAUAACUCUUAGCUCCUCAAAUAUUUAUGGAGCUGACCCACCAGAAGCAUAUAUCAAUGUGUUUGCCGUCUACUGUGCAGGAAGGAACAGGAAGGCUGCUGUGUGUCUUUAUGCCUACACCACAUUCUUAAAAAAAUUAAAAGGAAGAGAUGAUUUUCUGAAGCAUUUUGCAUCUUAGGAAGCAAUAAAACACCAGUCUGCAUUGUGGGGCUUGAAGUAAAGCUGACUUCUGCGAAACUGUACAUAUAUCAUUUAUGCCAUAGGCUACACUCCCUUAUUCAUGUUUAAUGAAGCCCCAUAAAAUUCUCUCUGAAGCCACUUGAUGUCGGAUUAUGUUUUAUUAGAGUGUACAUAUCACAUGAUGCUAUGUUUGCAGCACAGUUUGUUUUAAAUGGCUCAGACAAAAUACCUCCCAGGCGUUAUCUUUGUUAGACUGUGGUUUGAUGGUGUAUUAAAGCAGCUUAGUUGCAUUAAAACAGUGUGUAAACUGAACAUUUCUUCAUAAAACCCAUAUGUUUAGGCUAUUUUUCUACCUCUUCAUUAAAUAUCCAUCUGUCUGGGUGAGCAUUGAUAAAGUCAUCCAAAAUCCCAUCUAUCAAUCUAUAAACAAAAAACCUCACCCAGGAUCCUGAAACAUUUGAUCCCAUAGUGGUAGAAUCUAUGUUCCAUAUUUGAUGAUCUUCAGUUCAAUGUGUUCCUAAUAAACACCAGAGGAACCAGGACUGCCUCUCCAAGGGUUUUCUCUCAGCAAUAUUUUCAUUUUUUUCCUGGUCUAAUGAUAAAUUUAUGUUUCCCCUGAGGCAAUUUCACCCACGUAGAACUCAUGACCUGCCAAUGUUACUGCUUAAAACCUACAGGCCAAGCCCCUCAGUAGCUGCACGUCUAUGUAAGAUUAAAAUAAGUCCUUUGAAACACCUGUCUCCUAUUGCUCACUUGUAAUCUGAACUUUCUAGAUUGUCCACACCAAUCUUAAAACUUAAAAGCUUUCGAUUCAGGAAACUUAUGACCGUGACUCUAUGAUGCUGACCCCCUCUCUCUUCUCAGGUUCUGGCGACAGGGCUGAGCGGCCUGUACUCCUCUCUGCCCACCAAACUGGAGAUCCCCAAUGAGGAGUGGCACUGCCUGCACAGAGAGGACUGGCUGCGGAUGCCGUCCCUCGUUCAGUUUCUCAACUCUCUGGAAUUCUGCAAUGCUGUUAUUCAGGUGCAAACAUGUGACAGGGCUGCAUGCACACCGUUUCACUACAUGAAAAAUGUAUCGACACGUGGGUAAUUACUGAAACCCUCUGCCCACAUGUGAUGGAUGUGCGCCUUUACAAGCAUGUUGACUCUUUCCCAGGUGGCCCACCCUGAUAUCAGAGACCAGCUAGUUGGCUACAUUUACAACGGGUUCCUUGUGCCAGUUUUAGCACCAGCUCUCCACAAGGUUGGUACUUAUUUUCCUUAUUUUACUUGUAUGUUAUUUCACAUAUUUCCAGCCUGUGUCCCCCUCCCUGCAUGUCAACCCCUGCUCUGUCUCAGUCUCCUGCUUUAUCUGCAGUUCUGUCCUUUCACAAUUAGAGCAAAAGCCGCCCCCCAAAAAAAGGAAAUAUAAAGAAAACAAACAAACAUAAAAUAAAAAAGAAACAUUAAAACAAGUUGAGUGGUGUAUUUUAAGUGUGUAAUCUGAGACAUAAUACUACUCUUGUAUUUCCUGUGUCUGCCACCAUGACAUAGUAAGCUUGUAGCCUUACUAAAGCUUAAAGGCACAUACUGUACAUUUCUGGAGAUUCCACAUAAAGCAUUUAAAUGAAUGAAAGGGAUGUUUAUUUGGUCGAUAAUCAGAUCUUUAUUCCUCGCAGCUGCAGCGUAAAGCAAGCUCUCUUUUUAUGACUGUUCUCACCCUCUAAACUCAAGAGUUACCAUAUAAUGUAUUAUUUUAUGUAGACUCAAAGGCAUUUUAGCACUUUGAGAGUAUUAUUUUAGAAUGGUUUUUGUCUAGAGCACUUAACAUGACUUUGGUUUUAACCUUCAAUGUUUGUUUUGUCAUUAUAUUGUCCACUUUUAAUUGGGAUUUUGUGGAUCAUGUCUUGAGUUGUAAGACAUUGUCGAAGUUUUGUUUUGUUUUAUUUUGUUUUGUUGUUGUCUUUUUUUUUCUUUUUCUGUUUCACCUAUUUGCACAUCAAGUAAGAACCUUAAACCUUGAACCUUGAUAAUGUGGAUGACGAACACAGGUUAAAAUACAUCACUGUUGAGGCGGUGAGGGUGAUGCUAACUUCUUGGUUCUCCUACAAGUCAAAACUGCACUAUCUUUGUAAACGUGUUCUGUGAAUCACUCCUCUUUAUUUCCUAUUUUUUUUACACAGCUGACCCUUGAAGAAGUGAUGACAACCACAGCAUACCUGGAGCUCUUCCUGAGGAGUGUAUCUGAGCCAGCUCUGCUGCAGACCUUCCUCUCCUUCAUCCUCCUCCACCGACACGAAAACGUCCACAUCUUAGACACUUUAGUCAGCCGCAUAAACACCCCCUUCCAGGUACAGUGUGAACUCAUUUAACUUGCCAACACUUGUUUUGCUUUAUGAUAAAAACACAAGCAGGCACAUAUUGCAUUCAAAGACACCAUGACUCAUGUUUAAUAAAUAACUACCCCAGAGGCUCUUGGACCCACAUUGAAACUUGAAAUGUCAGCACCACAGUAGGCAGAUUGUUGCCGUGGUGAUGUUUGGUUGCGGUGACAUAACAGAGGACCGGAUACCUGUGUUUCAAAACAGUCCAGUAUGGCCCCCUUUAAUACAAAUAUUUAAGGAGGACUGAUUGUUUACAUAAAUAAUUCCUGUGUUUUUUACACUGAGGGUGUUCGUUUCAGUGUUUGCCUAUAGUCUGCCUUGACACACCUCAAACAAAAAUAAGAAACAUGUUUGCUUUUCAAACUUUUGACUCCAAGCUAAAUUAAAUAUUGACUAAAAUGCAAAUAUGUCACAUUUCGGUCUUUUUUAUUUUGCUCUUUUACCUUUUUUUUCUUUCAAAUGGUCUUUAAAAAUGGCAGCUGGUAGGUAGUCGAACUCCUCAUGCUUCAUGCUUGGAGAUUAUUUUAGUUAUACUGCCUUGACUUAAGAAAAGACUAACAGUAUAUAAUUUUAAAUUCAGUUUAUAUCUGAAGCAAUGCUUUGCACUGGUUCACUCACACCUUUAAGCAUGCUAGCAGCAUGUAUAUGUACAUGGAUGACGAUGUAUUUUAUUUGGCUUUGCUGGUCCACAUCUUUGGUGAAGACUUACACACGUCAGGGUCAGUCAUGGUCCCCACAUACUGAAUCCUGUGGCUAUGAAAGCACAUUACAUUCUUACCGGUCUCAGCUAAAAUGCUAUGUAGUUCGCAGUGUAGUAAGUUAAGAUGGUUGCUUUGGUAAAAAUUGCUUUGCCGGUGUGGGUAUGCAUGUAUGUUAGCAUGCUGAUGUCAGCAUUGAGUUACAAGCACAUUUGUUCCUCUGUAGAGCAUCACAAGAUGAUCACAAAGAAUUAAAGCUCCUGUGAGGAACUUUCAGCUAACAAAAUAGAAACAUAUCUAAAUGCUAAUUUUGUCCAGUAAGUGUGUGAGCUGCACAGGCAUCUCCUCUGCUUGUUGAAUUUAUAUUUGGGGAUAUGUAAAAAAGGCAGCUUUAACCUGGUAGUGCAUUUAGGCAUUACAAAUAACAAAAUGAAAAUGAUCAGUAUUUAUGUUGAUGCUAUUGUUAGCUUUUGUAGCUCUUGAAGACAUAUCAGUAUUAAUUUCAGUCUAUUUCAUGCACAACCAAAAACUCCUCACAGGAGCUUUAAAUCAAUCUUAACUUUGGGGGCUUGUAAUGGUUGUAGUGAUGGUUUAGUGCAGUGGAUAAAGCAGCAGACUGGGAAGUGUUAAGUCUUGGUGUGAUGUUAAGGCUGGUUAAAAAGCAGUGAUUAUUUUCUAGAAAUAAAAUAUUUGUGUUUAAACAGGUUUUUUUUUAAAUAAAGAUUUUUUUAAAAAAAGAUAGUCUGUUUUCACAAUUCCAGAGGAUUAAAACUGUGAUUUUUUUUUACAAUUAUGUUAUAAAUGUGUCCUAAAUAACUGAUUAUUUGUUAGAUUUGUUAAGAUGAAUAUUCUGCUCCUGAAUACUUUUUCACAUAUAUUACUGACGGACAUCAUCCUCAUUGUGUCUUUCUCUUCUCCUCUGCAGUUGGGCACUGUGUCACUGGCACUUUUCCGCACUCUCAUAGGCUUGUACUGUGAAGAUGUGAUGCUGCAGCUUGUUUUGAGGCAAGUACCACACACACACACACACACACACACACACACACACACGCACAUACACACACUCUUUUUGGUUAUGUGAUGUGUUGUACUGAUGCCUCAUUGAAGUGGUUUACAACAGGUUGAGCUUUUACACUUCACCUUCUACUGUGCAGAGGUGUAUCCAUCUGUCUGCUCACCCCUUGUUACCACCCCUCCUCCUACGACCACCCAUUGGUUGUCCUUACAGGAUCUGUUCCCAUCUGCCCCCGCAGGUACCUGAUCCCCUGUAAUCACAUUAUGUUGAGUCAGAGGCGUGUGGUGAGGGAGAGGGACUGCUACUCUGUGUCUGCAGCCAAGAUUCUGGCAUUAACGCCGUCCUGCUGCUCGCCUGAUCGCAGCCCCCCACCUCUUCGACAGCUGGAGUCCAUCCUCUUUUCCAAAGGUGCAGAUACUCCCAGCACAGAAAGCACCCCAGGUAAACGAGACAAGACAUUAAACGAGCACUUAGUGUGCAGACCUUUUUUUAUACACCAUUUGGAAACUUAUUAAGAAUAUUUGGAAACUCUUAAAGAGCUUGCUGGAUAAUAGAUAUUUGUAUGUGCCACAGCUUAUACACAUGACAUAAACGAUUUCUUGUCCAUACAAUCAACCUUUCCAGAUAUUUUUGCUGCUUAAAGCUGAAACUGCAUUGAUGAAAAAGAGCUUUUUAUUCAAAGCUUCAUCUAAGGGAGUGAGGUGUAUGAUUGAAAUAGUACCGAGUUAACAAGAAGAGCAUCAGAAUCUGCUAAAAAUGGCUGUAAGUAGAAUGUGCUGCAAAGUGAUAAUCUACAUAAACCCGGGGUAUGAACAUAUAUCAGGGAGGAUGAUGAAUAUUCUAUUAGAUUUUGAGAUCUUUUGCUCUUUCAGUGUAUUUCAUCACUCCCCCCUCUCUAGUAGCAUGUCACACUCAUUAGUCGUUGUCUGCGAGCGCUGCACCGAAGUGUUGCACACUUGCUGUUAUCAGCACUUUCUGUCUGUUUCUUCCAGAGGAAAAAGAGACCUUUCCGGAGGACGACGGCUCAGGUAACUCCUGCACCAUCGGUACUGAAAUCUACUUGGAUGUCAGCUACCUUCAUUACCUCUACGACGCCCGGCUGAGCAUCAGUGACUGCAUACGAGCCUGCCAGGUUUGGUCUGCGCCUUAUGAUGGCGAGGACCCGCCUCCUGAGACAUAUCAGCCCGGCGUCUUGGAGGAGCCGGGACUGAAGGGCCGUCAAACCCAGAUGGCUCUCAAAAGGAUUCCCCAGCUAGUUGCUCCACGCCCUCGACAUAUCCCGCCGCCAAACACAGAGGCGGCCUCUGUCAGUCAGCUCGAGCUGGAGUGGGAUGAUAGUUAUGACGCAGGCCCGGUGCAGACUGCUGAGACUCCAGAGGAGAGCAAACCUCCAGCGCAGCAGCCUGCUGAGCCCCCAGUACAUAUCCAAGAGAUGAGGAAAACAGCCAUCAUGUUGGUGAAAGGCUCUUACAUAGAGGAAAAUGAGUUUCAGGAUGACGUCAUGGUGUAUGAUCUUGUUGCCAAGAAAGACGCCACAGAUGUGGAACCUGUUACACUCAACUCAAGUGAGCCUAAGAUACAAGAGACUCAGCCAGACUCAGCAGAUGGCCCCCUUAAAAAUGGGCUCAGCGCGACUCCUCUAACCUCUGUGACAGCUGGUAACAAAAGCAGCUCGGACUCCAAAUCCAAAAUUCAGAAAGACUGUAAUUCCAACCUCCAAAACCCCACUUCCCCUGAGGUGGCUGAAGAUCUUUUGGCCCAGUACGAGGAGCUCAUCCGUACGCUGGACUCUCAAGCAGCUGGAAGGCACGUCAGAACUGAUGGAGAGGUGAAGAAGCCUGUUACACCUGCACAGGAAGAGGAGGAAGAAGAAAUGGACUUCUCCUUCUCCGCUGAGACACCAGAGAAACUUCAUUCACCAUUUGGGACCAAGUUUCCCAGCAGCAGUGCAGGAAGAAACCAUGCAGUGCCUUUCACUGGUAAGAGACAGCGAAGACGGUAUUCACCUUUAACUGAAUCCCAACAACACAAAUGAGAGAUUGUGUCUGUGAUUCCUCUGCAGGUCCGUUUGUCAGCGUGCUCUUGUCUCGUAUGGAGAACAUGCUGUCUAACUCGCUUCAUGUUAACCUGUUGUUGACGGGCAUCCUGGCUCAGUUAGCGGCAUACCCUCAGCCUCUCCUGCGCUCUUUUCUGCUCAACACCAACCUGGUCUUUCAGCCAACUGUUCGCUCCCUCUAUCAGGUAACAAAAAUAACAAAAAAUUUACUUUUUUCUUUAUUAUUAAUGGAGGUAUUUGGAGGAUAAAAGGCUGCAGAUUUCAGGACUCUUCUCUUAAAGCUUUUUGCACAUCAGCAUUUCUAUAUUUUCCCUUUCAGGUGUUAGCCACCGUCAAGUACCAGAUAGAGGACCUGGCCGCCACCAGAAAAGACUUCCUUGAGUCUAUUACUACAGCCCAGCACUGGCUACUGGCCAGGGAGAAUUUAAUCAUGGAAGCAGGUGAAAAUACACCCCCAUCUGUUUACUGUUACUGUUAUUAGCUCAGCUCUGAUAAGAGUCUGUGUUUGGACAAAGAUCUGUGACAGCUGUGUAUGAGUAGUUGAGUGUUUAAACCAUUGUUUUCAGUUACACCUAAAAAAAGAAAAGUGAGUCUUACUCCAGUAGUUCAUAGAGGUGGAAUUAAAUUAUCUUAUAACAUUUGAUUUUUUAUUUAAAGUAACAUUAUAUGAUUGACUUGUGUCUGUGCAGUGAGUAUGAUGGGCUCAUUUGAAGUUCUUAAGUUAAGCUAAUUGCAAAAAAAGUUAAAAGAAAACUUAAUAGUUGUGAUUUGUUUCAGACAGAUCAAAUAAGGUCAAAACAUCUUGUUUUGAAAAUUACGGUGAAUGAAUGAAUGAAAAAGUGUCUUAAAGGCUUUUAUGCUUCAGAUAGGCUCUUAGGGGGGCAACUCAAACAGUACGGUACAAAAAUCCACAAAUGACCCCUUUAAGUUGAUUUGUCACCUCAGUUGAUGAUCUGAAUCAUUUGCCAGUUUGUUUCCAACAGUGUCAUUUUAACUUGAGUUUACACGUCAAGGUUAGACAACACAAGUAAGUCCUGCAUCAAAAAGAAGGCGAAUUCUUAGUAGUUUGAUGCAUGAGAAGAAAAAAAAAGUAGUUAUUUUUUGCUGACCAAAAUUAGAAUAGCUGCAUAGUACACAAGCAUGUGCUAGCAUUAGCAGAUGACUAAGCAUUAGCUUAACCCCCUUUUGCUCCGCUAAAACUCCAACUAAAGUUAGAUACAAUAUUUUCUGGGUCCAGAAAUCCAAGCUGCUAACCACCUGAUAGUAAGUAAGAUAGUAAUAACAUAAGGCUGGUUGUUAACUAUGAUGUAAAGAAAAAAUAAGCGCAGUGCUAAAGCUAACAACUAAGCUAACCCAGUGUUUACUUAUUCUUGCUCCUCUUGAGUUGUGCUCAUCUAAAUACGGCACCGGUUGGGUCCAAAAACCCUAGAUGGGGUUUAAAAAAUGGGGUUAAAACAAAAGUUUACCUGUCAAUGGACAUUUUUUUAAUUUUUAGAUAAGCUAACUCACUGAUAAUUGUAGCCACAUGUCCUAAAUGUCACUUUUAAGUCGAGCCGUCGUGUCUUUUGGAGUCCUUCAGGGAGAAAAUUACCAGAAGAAGAAAAUAUGUAGUUGUGAUCAACCCAUUAUGUAUACUUUCCAACUGAAUGUAAUCAGACUUAAUUACUAUGAGCACCAAAAUGUAUUUCCUGUAGGUACGUGGUCAGUUCAGAUUGAAGCUGUAUUUUCCUUCAAACUCCCAAACUUAUCCCCAAAAAUGGGUCAAGCUGAAAACAUCUGCUUUCUUCUCCUUUUGGGAAUCUGAAUAAAUUCUACUUGAUUUCCCUGAGUCAAGAGUCUCUGUAUCUGAGAGACAGACUCUUGUAAAGCCCCUGGAGGACCAGGCCGGGUUUUGGGCAAGGCUCCCUGCAGUUUUUAGAGUGAUACAAGCUAGAAAAACAUGUUGUUGGGAGCAUGUUUGUGUAAUGAUGUGAGCCAGAAUCUCUGAAGAUGGGAUACUAAAAAGGAAUUUUUUUAGUUGUUAAACUGGAAUACUCUCUUGUACAUGUUGGAUGUUUACUUCAUAGGAGUAACACUUGGGAUCUAAUUAUUCACAAGGAGAGAAGUCAUUAACUGGAAUAUAUUAUGUUUACAAAGUGUCUUCAAGUCCAGUCCCUGAAAGUGAAGUAUUUAUUGUAAAUGUGUUCACUCUCUCUCAUUUAGUCACUGUUAAUCACUGAAUUCUUAUCUUCUCAGACAAAAGCAGCAGCGGGCUCUCCAACAGUGGUGAGGGGGGAAAAAUCCUGAAGAAUUCGCCCCCACCAAUACCCAAAGCCAUCUCCCUGGACCGAACUGAGGUCUUUGCUACCGUCCUCUUCACUGAGUUCCUCAAAGAGCUGGCUGCCAUUGCUCAAGAGCACUCAAUCUUAUCGUACAUUCCUAUGGAAGAGUAAUCACGUCUACACAGACUCUCAAAGACUCUUUUAUUGAUGGUAUUUCUUUGUUUUUUUCCGACUCUACUCGAUGUAGAAACCUCUUAAAUCAAGUGAUUUACACAUCUCAUUUUUAAGAAUAGUGGUGUAUUUAUUUUCUAGGCAAAGAUAAUCAGUUUUAUGUGAUUUCAGAUUUAUCUUUCUACUAUUGUAAGUGGGUUUGGCAGCCAAGAAAGGGGCCCAAACUUUUUUUUUUACACACCUCUUUACCUGUUUUUCAAAGCCUGCACCAGCUGAUCAUGCUCCUUCAAACUCCAGGUCCAUCCACCAAAGACUGUAGAUAUUUUGGCAAAAACAGCAUUUUUAGUCCAAAUUUGAGGUUUUUCCCUCAAUCUGAACGUCUCCAACAACCAGCUCCUACCACAGCAAGUGUGGACGGUUAUUACUCAGGUGGCCUUUCUCAAUUGGAGAGCUGCGCCUCUCUGCCGUCGGAUAACACACCACAAGUGAACACCUUACAGCGAAGAAAUGUAAAACAAGGAUUUCUGUGAAAGCUGGGCUUUCUAAACUCUUAUGCAACUGUUACAUGACUUUAUUUUUCUGAGUAAAACAGGUUAAUCACUUUUUCCGUUUGAAGGCGGCAUUUUGCAAAGUCUGUCUGUGUUAGAGGUGCUUUAGUCCUGGUGUUUUUCUACACACUUAUCAUGGUACCUCAGGAGUCUUUUUUGAACAUGGUUCACUCUCACAGUUCUUAAACAGCCUUUGGGUGAAUCAGUUUUCCCACAAUGCACUACUUCUUCACAUCAGUGAACUCAGCAUGUUCUUCAGAUUACUGAAACAGAAACUUUUCAUGACAUCUUAAAUCUGCCUUACUUUAGUGACCCGCUAUAAUGUAAAUAUUGUAAGAACACUAUGCAAAUCAAUGGUAUUUUGGUGUAAUUAAGUUUUCGUUUUUCUGAAUGGGACGGGGUAUUUAAAUUUAUGAGAGUUUCUAUUGCCAUAUUUUUGCAAUGAGGUUAUAUAAGAGUUGUGUUUUAGGGGUUGUGUUGGGUGUUUGUCGUGAUAGGUCUGAAACAUCUGUUACUAAGGAUUAUGUCUUUGCCUUUUGUUGUAGUCCAGGUGUUGCACAUGGUUGAUUGUGGGAUUUUUAAAUAACACAAGAGAGAUAUUUUGGUACAGAGCAUGCCGCAGCUGUCUAAAUGGAUUAACCAGAGCAAAAAUUCUAAUGACUUAGUGCCUGAAUCAUGAUUUUACUUCACAGUUUUGCCUGAUUGAUGUCAAAUUUAUAAGAGGUCAUACCAUAGAUGAGGAUUUUUUAUUCAAAGCUGUUCAUGGUCAAAGUAGAAAGGAAAGGCCAUAGGGACUGAGAAUGUGCAACUUUUGUUUCAAGUAUUUAUUUUGAUGCAUACCUUUUCAUUUAAACCGAAGUGAAGGCACUAAAAAUAUUUAAAAAUCCAGCUUGAUCUGAAAAAAUCAUAAAAAAGAAAAGAGUAAUCACAUGUCACAGUUUUAAUCAUAUUCUGCAUCAAUUUGACCGUAUAAGAAUGAUAUUUUUCCAGUUUGAACAUAUUUAGUUUUGUAUAGAAAGAUGUCAGUGAUGUUUAAAAUGGAUGUUUUUUAAAAAAUCAUCCAGUUACUACUUGAUGCUAUGCAGGCAGUCAUUGAUGUUGUAGAAGCUUUGUGUGUGUUUCCAAGAUGGCUCUCGAAAUGAUUUAUAUUUAUAGCAGUCAAAGACAUUUUCACUCCCAUUGAGUAUUGUCUCUCUAGUAAAGGGCUGUUUCACAGCGUUUUAUCAGCCUUUUCAUACUGCAGUGCCACUCUGCACUCCCAACAAACACUCUGCACAGAUUCAGACACACACACGCCACACCACACAACACAACAGCGGCUGUCUGAGCAGCAUUGAAGUGUGAAAACGGGUACUACAAACAUGAUGUUGGACUUCAGACCACUUUCUGUCUGUGUAGGUUAUUGCUCCAAAGAUGUA